UGUUCAGGUGUUAAAAAUAGUUCAUAACGCCGCGUUUUAUUUAUUUUAUAUUCUCAUUUCAGUCCUAGAAGAAAAAUAAUUUAAAAAUAGCAUAUGCCAGUGCGUCAGAAGAGGGUAUAUUAAUGCGGACGGGCCCACAAAAACAGUCUUUAAAUCAUUGUCCAUCAGAGUGCUAUCAAAAAUCUGAGUAAAUCAAGGUUGAGCAGCGCUUAUACUGGUAAACUAUUUCAUUUUCAUAGUGCAGCUUUUGGAUCGAACUGGUAAUAGCAUCGAGUCCCUCGAAAUGUCAGUUGUUCGAGGACUCGUGGACUGGUGAGAACGUGAAGAUCAAUGCCAACUUUUCUACGCAUACAAGACUUUCAUAAGCUCUUAGCCGCUUUUGGCAGCACAACGCUGCCGCCGGCAUCUGCAACUAAAAAGAGCAAUAGCCAGGCGAACAGAAGAAUGAAGUCAGCAGUACGUAAUGGCACAGCAAUUCAACGAGGCGAUCGCAUACUUACGGAACAACCAUUUGUCUUUGUGCUGCAAGCCAAAUACCGUAAAGAGCGCUGCGAUAAUUGCCUGCAAGCCUGCAAGGUAUUGAAAUGUGCCAACUGCCAGUACGUGUAUUAUUGCGGUCGUGACUGCCAAAUGCAAUGCUGGAGGCUGCAUAAAAUCGAAUGUCCAUUCCUAAAGCGCAUUUAUCCGCGUAUUGUGCCCGAUGCAGCACGCAUGCUUUGUAAAUUGAUAAUACACUUGGACAAGGGAGGGGAUCUAGUGCGUGGGUACUACACUGAAACUUGUUCACGUCGAUUUCGUGACAUGAUGUCCCAUUAUGGUGAGAUAAAAAAUGACGCACGACGUUUGGAGCAUUUAGAAUCUUUGCAUGGCGUGUUGCGAGAUAUGAUGGGAGAAAGUGCUAUAGUGCCUAAUCUAACGGAAUUAACAAGUAUCUAUGGGAGGUUAAUCACUAAUGGCUUCAGCAUACUCGACCCUGAAAUGAAUUCCAUUGCCACAGCUAUUUAUCUUGGCGUUUCAGUAACAGAUCACAGCUGCAAGCCAAACGCGGUUGCUACCUUCGAGGGUACUACCUUACAUGUGCAUGCAAUCGACGACAUCGAGUGCUUGGAUUGGUCCAAGAUCUUCAUCAGCUAUAUAGAUCUUCUAAAUACACCUGAACAAAGGCGUGCCGAGCUUCAAGCGAAUUAUUUUUUUCUCUGCGUAUGUUCGAAAUGCACUGAUGUGCAGGAAACACACGAAAUGCUAGCUGCUGCCUGUGGCAAUAAAAAUUGUAAUGAGUAUUUAGAUAUAAAUCUCAAUAACUGUCCACGUUGUGAUACUGGCGUCAGUCCGAAGCAACGGAAUGGAUACAAUGAGGCUAUGGCCAUAACAAAAAUGCACUUGGAAAAUAUGAAGGAUGUGGCUUAUUUCGAUGUUUGCAAACUAUGCCUCGCCAAACAAAAAGGUUUUGUUCAUCCACUAAAUAUUUGGCAUGUUAAAACUUUAGAUGCGGCGUUUGAAGCUGCCAUCGAUGUGUUGAAGUGGAGAGAGGCGUUGGAGUUUGGCAAAGAGUUGGUUGUAGGCUUCAGAAAAUAUCUCGGCGAUUGGCAUCCGUUGCUAGGUCUGCUUUAUUUAAAAAUUGGCAAGAUUCAACUAUACGAAAACUACUUACCAGAGGCCGUGAACAGUUUAAAGGAAGCGCAAAAAAUUCUCCAAGUUACCCAUGGUCGAGAUCACAGCCUGUUGCGUGAGCAAUUAUCACCUUUACUUACACAGGCUGUUGCCGAGAGCUCCGAAUAAAAUUCCCAACAUAUUCUGGCUUUAGCUGAGUGUGCAGGGACGCAUGCUACUGCAGCAGGUUGAAUUGCCUUCAGACGCAACUUACCGAUUAUUAAAUGAUAUAAUAAGCGUUUAUUAAUAUUCAAAUAUCUGCUGAAUUUACAUAUUUUCCUAGGCGAAUAUAUAUAAGUUUAUAGCAGAAGUACAAAAACAAAAUGUACACGUCAAGGGGAAUUUAUAUAUAUAUACAUAUAGAUUUAUAUAUAUAUGUAUUAAUUCGCUUU